UUUUCCGAGCGCGUCGGCCGAGUUGAAAAUGGAGUUGGUGCAGAGAAAGGAGAUCCUGUGAACUUCCACACCGCUCUUCUUUCACUUGUUUUUGGGUGUAUUUUUUUGUAUUAGUCCGUUCCAAAUCUUUGUGUUUUUCCCCUGUUGUAUUCGGGUCGGUCCAUGCUGUAGAGAGGUGCAAUGGUGCGAGGCGCUGGUGCUUUCUGUUUCCCCAGUGUUGGCUGAAAGAAGUUGUUGGCGGAGAGAGAGAGGGAUAGAGAGAGAGAGAGAGAGAGAGAGAGAGAGAGUAGCUCGGUCGCUAGCUGCCCGUUCACAAUAUUCCAAAACCAGAGCAGUUUUUUUUAUUAGAUUUUCUGCUGCACUUGUUAGGUUUUAGACCCCCGUGGAAUAGGUGACCGAUCACAGAAGAGAGGACGCUGAAGGAUGAUCACUCGGUCGCAGAUGGAUUUUAUUCAUUGGGAAGGUCCGACUCAGCGGCCGCGGCUCCACUCCUCCUUGUGAAUUGGCUCGUGGGAGCUGCGGAGCUCCAGCAAUGCGCCGCCGUCCCGUCGGACCGGCGCUGGCUUUGUGAAUAACCGCGUUUCGACGCGACCCUCCGAAAAAUGGUGAUUUCUGCGACUUGUUUCCUCGCCUUGACCUCAUCGCCGAUGCUGUUUGCAGGAUCUGGAUCCCCGUGAGGACAAAAAAUGAGCGAAGAACCGGCAAAUCCAAACAACGAUGACAGUUAUGCGCGUGUGAGAGCAGUGGUCAUGACUCGCGAUGACUCCAGCGGCGGGUGGCUGCCUCUGGGAGGCGGAGGCCUCAGCUGCGUGUCGGUACACAAAGUUACCCGGACCGACUCAGACAGCCCCAACGGUGUGGAUUAUCUCAUCCAUGGGGAGCGACUCAAAGACAAGUUGGUUGUGCUGGAGUGCAUCAUAAAGAGGGACCUGGUCUACAACAAAGUCAACCCUAUCUUUCACCAUUGGAGAAUCGACAACAAGAAGUUUGGCCUGACUUUCCAGAGUCCAGCCGAUGCCAGAGCGUUUGACCGGGGGAUACGGCGAGCCCUGGAGGACAUAAAGCAAGGCUGUCCGGUGUACAGUGACUCAGAGGUUCAUGAAGAUGGAUUGCAGGUUAAUCAGGAGCCUCCCUCUAUCUGCACACCCAUUAGAGAGCCAUUCUCUCCGCACGGCCGAGUGGUGUCCACCGAGCCUUUCCGCAGCUGUUAUGUGCGCACCCAACCAUUCGAGGAGUUCUCGAGCCCCAGUCACCGCUAUCUGCCCCCGCAGGUCUCUUUCUCCUCGACACGCCAUGUGAGCUUUCACAUGGACGAAGAAGAGGUUGUUCGGAUCAACCCGCGUAAGGACGUCCUCAUUCGUGGGUAUGAGGACUACAGGCACCCGGUGAUGUGGAAGCAGGACAACGAGCGAGACGACUCUGAUUUCUCCACAAUGUUCACUAAACUGGACAGCAAGAAAAGUGAGUACUCAUUUCUGGAAGGCUCUGACCAUCGUAUGGGCACCAAGGACUCGAUCAAAACUGAGCAGCCUUCGCCUCUACUGAAGUCUAAGAAGUCUCGGAGGCGGCGGGAGGACGGCGAGCGCUCGCGCUGCAUAUAUUGCCGCGAAAUGUUUAACCACGAGGAGAACCGGCGUGGGGAGUGCCAGGAUGCACCCGACCCCAUUAAGCAGUGUAUCUACAAGGUGAGCUGCAUGCUGUGUGCAGAGAGCAUGCUCUACCACUGCAUGUCCGACUCAGAGGGUGACUUUUCGGACCCAUGUUCGUGCGAUUCCAGUGAAGAGCAGUUCUGUGUGCGCUGGCUGGCACUUCUCGGCCUCUCCAUAAUCGCUCCCUGCAUGUGCUGCUACCCACCACUGCGGGCCUGUCACCACUGCGGGGAGGCCUGCCACUGCUGCGGCGGCAAACACAAGGCCGCCGGCUGAGCCGAGCCGAUAGGGGAGCAACACACGGCCACGUGAAGAAACAACUGCCGCCGUCGCUUUUCUUUUUACAUUCACCCCUUGAGGUGGGUGAGGUGCUCCACCCGCCACAUCGGAGGCUUUGGAGAUUUGAUUUGGCCGAGAGCAGCAGAAGCCAAUGACCGGAUCUUCUUGGGCUCUCAAGCUCACAUCACGGAGCUCGUUACGGAAGGGAAGGCGUUUUACGGAAUGAACUCGAAUCACGAAAUGAGCAAAAGUAAAUAAUUAAAUAAGAGACCAAAAAAAAGUCACUUGACAGAGAAAUGUCAGACUUUCAUUACAAAUAGUGUGCAACCUUU